AUGGCCACACCACACAUCUUGGUAUUUCAGAAUUUGGGGGCCAAGGCCAUGUUGACUCCAUCCAUACUCUUCCUGAUCAUCAUGUUCUUGCUAAUCCAUCAUCUUUCCAGGCUGAAUAAAAGAGAUGUUUCCACUGAAGUCUCAAAAUGCUCAAGGGCUCUCAAAUCUUUCUUUUUCUUUUUUUUUUCAGAUAUUAAUGAAUGCUUGCAACUGCCUAGGGUCUGUGCUUACCAGUGCCAUAACCUACAGGGCAGCUAUCGAUGCCUGUGCCCACCAGGUCAGGCAUUACUCCAAGAUGGCAAGGCCUGUGGUAGACUGGAAAAGAUAGAAGGCAAUGUUACCACCAUCAGUCACCAGGGAUCCUUCCUACCUUGGCUUCGACCCCGAGCCCGAGCUCAUGGGGGCUCCUACCAUGCCUGGAUCUCAUUCCGGCCCAUUGGAAGUCCCCUGAGCUCAACUGGUAGGACCUGGUGUCCAACAGGCUUCACCAGGAGGAAUGGAGCCUGCACUGACCUUGAUGAGUGCCAGGUGAGGACCCUGUGCCAGCAUGCCUGCCGCAACACUGAGGGCAGCUACCAGUGCCUUUGCCCAGCUGGGUACCGCCUACUCUCCAGUGGGAAGAACUGCCAGGACAUCAAUGAGUGUGUGGAAGAAGGCAUCAAGUGUGGCCCCAGCCAGAUGUGCUUCAACACCCGUGGCAGUUAUCAGUGUGUGGACACACCAUGCCCUGCAACAUAUAGGAGGGGGUCCAGUCCUGGGAUGUGCUUCCGUCGCUGUGCCCUGGAUUGUAGUUCCGGGGCCCCCUUCACCUUACAGUAUAAGCUUCUCACUCUCCCCUUUGGCAUCCGGGCCGAUCAUGAUGUCGUCCGCCUCACGGCCUUCUCAGAUGGGGGUGUCCUACCCAAUCGGACAGUCUUGACGGUGCUAGAACCUGAUCCUAAGAGUCCCUUUGCCUUGCGGGAGCCUCAGAGUGGACAGGGUGCAAUCUACACCCGCCGACCUCUCACCGAUGCUGGCGUUUACCGCCUGAAGGUGCAAGCGGUCACCUAUGGGGAACAUCGAAUACUCCGGUACCAGAACGUGUUUGUCAUCCUCAUCUCAGUCUCGCCUUAUCCCUACUGAAGGCUUUCUAGAGGCAAGGAACCCUGAUGUCCCAACGACUCCGGCCCCUCUUGGCUCUUCCAUUCCAUCAAUCAAUAAACAUAUAUUAAGCACCUACUAUGUGCCAAUCACGGUGCUAAGCUCUGGGGCACUGGGCUAAGUAAGCUGAAUGUGCUGAGUGCUUCCGUGAUUGCCGUGCCCCACAUCCCAGGUUUGGUGCAGAAUAUGGCUUCUCCCACUGUGCAUUCAGAAGACCCAUGAGAUCUCUUGGUAACCAGCUGAGCCGUGUCUGGCUUCCACCUCUGUCCCUUCCAUGAAACUACUACUGCCUGGGUCUCUUCAUCAUCCCCUCCUCUAAUCAGAGAUGGUGUGACCAAACCACGGAACCGUUAGACCCAGCCACCUCCGAGGACAAGCUAGGGAGAUUCUGAGCCCUCAGAUUUCCAGUGAAGCGGAGAAUUGACUUUCUAACUGUAAUUGAGGAUAUUUUUGUACAGUUGUCCUUGGUAAGGGGUGGGAGAGGCAGACCUUGGAGUCUCCCUAUGCCCCACCCCUGCUAAAUCUGGGAUCCUUGAAGCCAGGAGAGGCUUUGCUGUCUUUCACCGAUAUCAACUGCUCUUGCAACAGGCCCUCUAUCUGGCUCUGUGCGUCACCCCCACACGUGAGGCCCUUCAACAAACAAAAUCUAUAUCUGCAGCCUUGACCCUCUGGGAUAUGGACAGAGAUGAGAGCAAAGGGGAUAGGAACCAAACAUGAAGAUGUCAAAGUCUUUAGAGCUGGAAACUAGAAGAAUGUUGGUUCAACUCAGCAAAGUCCAAUAAGUCAGGACUCAGGGACCAGCUUCUCAAGCCUCAGGAACAUUCACAUCCACCCAUGAAGAAGUCAAAGCUUUUAUACUUGGGCCCAAGGGUUUCUGGGCCAUGGGGGAAGCACAGGCUUAGUGUAAAGUAUCUAUGGUAAAAGGAAGACUGAGGGGGUGGAGGAAAGGGCUGGCCUACAUCCAAAGAGGCUUGGUUCCUUAUCAGCCAGAUAUUUUUAUCUAGCUACAUCUGGCAGCUUUGUAUACCAUCCUAAAAAAAUAAAAUUAAAUAAAAGAUAUAUUAUUGACAAA